UUUUUGCUGAAUAAAUUAGUUUUUCUGUUACUUCAAGUUUUCUUCAUUAAUCGCUCCAUAAUUUUAAUUAAAAAAUCGGUAUAUGUGCAAUAUCGGUUCGACUAUAAAGGAGUUUUACAGGACAAUUUACGCCAUCAUAUUCUAAUUAUACGUGCAUUAAAGUGCCGUGAUUCAUAUAAUUUUUCGAAAAACAUAUGCAGGAUUUAUGUGUGUUUGCAGCAACGUCAUCCAGAGCCCCACGUGCUUUAUACGUCCCACCUGUCGAUGCUAUAAUGGCCACUUGCAUAGGACGGAAUUGCUGUUUUUAAAGUCUUGGGAAACAUCGCAAUUUAAAAUAAUUUUUUUUUUAAAUUUCACUUUUCCGGUGCAAAGGAGUCUCUCUAUUCAAUUUUAAGUUAUAUUUUAAAGUUAAUAUUGUUCUGGUGUCUUUAGUUAUAUCCCUUCUACUUCGCACAAUUUCAAUAUGUGAUCUUUGUAUGGGAGCUGCAACAUGAAGACAGAAUGUCCCACAUUAUAUGGCUGUUUGACGGUUGAAAAUGGAUAAUUAUGAAUGCAACUGAAGUUACUGAAGACAUAACUUCUGGAGUGUACAAAGGAAACUUUCACUUAACAGAAGAGGAAAAACUAUUAAUAAUAAUAGUAUGUGGAUCCAUAGUGUUGUUAGUAACAUUAGGCACAGUGUUUGUUGUGACCGAAUGCUGCUGGUUAACUCCCUCCUCACCUAAAUCUUGUCUGAAUGGUGGUAAAGAUAAACUGAAGAUGACGCGUGGCGGUAAUUUAAUAUCCGUCCCACCUUUACCUUAUUACACGACAGGUUUAAAUUCGUUCAGAGAUCCAUGUUCCAGAAGCACCGACAAUUCUAUCAAUAGCAAAUUUGACAUAAUUCAAAAUUUGGAUUCGUUUGUAUUUCCUGAAGAAGAUAAAAACAUUAACAUUGAUGUUAAUUAUGGACAGAUCACUUUCUCGCUUCGUUUCAUGACAGAAAGUAAAGAGCAAGUGGGACAACUGGCUAUUCUCUUAAAGGAAGCUCAAGACUUACCAGAAAAAUUGUAUGGCGGUGUCUGCAACCCUUACACAAUCAUUAAGUUAUAUCUCAGCAGGGACAGGUGCGUGAAGAUAAAAGAUGGUGCCAUUCCAUUCUGUACCUUUCAAAGCAAUGUAAAAAGGAAAACAAGGCAUCCCCUGUUCAUGGAAAACUACGUCACAUCUCUGAGAAAGGCUGACUUAAAGAAAUGCAUAGUAAAAUUUUUAGUUUAUGAUCACGAAAAGUACGCAAAUGAUACAGAAUUAGGAGAAUGUACAAUCUACUUGAAAGAUUAUAAUUUAUUAAAGAAUAUUCAAAUACAGGAACACACAGUUGAUUUGACAGCACCUAAAGAGACAAAUGGAAAAUUAUGUUUUGGAUUAAGUUACUUGCCUACGGCGCAACGUCUAACGUUUACCAUAUUUAAAGCCUGUCAUUUGAGAUUAACUACGGACGAUCCAACAAAAUUCGCACCGUAUGUUUCCGUAUUGAUGUUAAAAAACGGCAAAGUCAUCCAACAGAGAAAAACAAAUUCCUGCCAAGGUUCCAGCUUUCCGGUAUUCAACGAAGUACUCUCGUUCGACUUGCCGCUGAGCGAUCUGGAAAAUGUCGUACUGCUGACGGUUGUCGUAGACAAAGGUAACGGGAACAGAGCAUCGUCCGAUAACUCAAACUCCAAACAAAUCAAGAAGAAAUCUUAUGUUGGAAAAGUUGCUCUGGGAACAAAUACGCAAGGCAGGGGUCGAGAACAAUGGAAUGCAAUGAAGCAACUACCGAGAAAGCUAUUAACGUAUUGGCACACCUUGAAAUGA